AUGCCUGGCCUCAUCACCGCCACGGGCGUGCUCGGCUUCCUGGCCGAUGAGGAGCCCGAGCUCAAGGUCUUCGCCCUCAACACGCUCAACGAUGACAUCGACACCGUCUGGACGGAAGUCGCUGGCGCCGUCAGCCAAAUCGAGGCCCUCUACGAAGACGAAGACUUCCCCGAACGCCAGCUCGCCGCCCUCGUCCUCGCCAAGGUCUACUACCACCUGCAGGCUUACAGCGAGAGCAUGACCUUUGCCCUUGCCGCCGGCGACCUCUUCAAGCUCGACAGCCCCGGCGAGUUCGAGCAGACCAUCAUCUCCAAGUGCAUCGACCAGUACAUUGCCGGCUGCAUCGCCGACCACCGCCCCGCCCUGCAGGCCAAGACCGACCUCCCCUCCCUCGAGACGGCCCUUGGCGGCCUCGACAGCUCCACCCUCCUCUCGCCCACCACGCCCUUUUCCCAGUCGACCCUGCCCUCCAAGUCCCUGCUGUCGCGCGACUCCGUCGACAACACCAUCUUCGACCCAUCUUUUGAGCCCGCUGUGGCCAAGGACGGCGCCCCGCGCUCCGGCUCCAUCAUUGCCCUGCCCGACCAGGCCACCAAGACGGCCCUCGAGCACGUCAUUGAACAUCUCUUUGCCAGCUGCCUCAAGGAUGGCCGCUACCGCCAGGUUGUUGGCAUUGCCGUCGAGGCCAAGAACCUCGAGGUGCUGCGCCGCGUCAUCAAGCGCGCGAGCGACGACGCCAAGGCGGCGGCCGGUGGCAAGGGCAAGGCUGCGGCGCCGACCGAGCCAGCGCCGGCCGACGAGCUCAUGGAGUACGUGCUGGGCAUCUGCAUGGACAUUGUGCAGGAGCGCAGCUUUCGCACCGAGAUCCUGCGCCUCAUCCUUGACCUGUUGAGCGACAUCCCCAACCCGGACUACUUUGCCAUUGCCAAGUGCGUUGUCUACCUCAACUCCGACGAGGAGGCCACGCAUCUGCUGCGCCAGCUCGUGGAGGUCGACAACCGCGAGUCGCUGGCCAUCGCCUACCAGAUCGCCUUCGACCUCUACGACAACGGCACCCAGGAGUUCCUGGGCAAGGUCAUCAAGGCCCUGCCGGCACCGCCCCCGGCCAAGGAGGAGGACGCCGAGUCGAAGACCGAGGAGGCCAAGAAGGACAAGGACGGCGAGCGUGACGAGGACGGCGAGGACGCGGCCGAGUCGGAUGCGCUGCUGAAGGACGACGACAAGAGCACGGCCACCGCGCCCGUGUCCGAGACGACCGUCGACGAGGAGCAGGUCAAGGCCUACGCCAACAUUCGCGAGAUCCUGGUCGGCACCAAGACCACCAAGCUCAACGUGGAGUUCCUGUACCGCAACAACCACGCCGACAUCAGCAUCCUGAACCGCGUGCGCGACUCCCUCGACGGCCGCAACUCCAUCUUUCACACCGCCGUCACCUUUUGCAACGCCUUCAUGAACGCCGGCACCACCCACGACAAGUUCUUCCGCGACAACCUCGAGUGGCUCGGCAAGGCCGUCAACUGGUCCAAGUUCACGGCCACCGCGGCCCUCGGUGUCAUCCACCGCGGCAACAUCACCCAGGCCCGCAAGCUGCUCGAGCCCUACAUGCCGCGCAUCGGCCAGCUGACCCAGGGCAGCCCCUUCAGCCAGGGCGGUGCGCUGUACGCCUACGGUCUGAUCCAUGCCAACCACGGCGCCGACGCCCUGGACUACCUCAAGAACGUCUUUGCCGGUGCCGAGGACGAGUACAUCCAGCACGGUGGCGCGCUCGGCCUGGGCAUUGCCGGCAUGGCCACGGGCGACGAGGCGAUUUUUGAGAGCCUCAAGAACGUCCUGCAGACCGACUCGGCCCUCAACGGCGAGGCCGUCGGCCUGGCCAUGGGUCUGAUCAUGCUGGGCACGGGCAACGCCGCCGCCCUGCAGGCCAUGUUUGCGUACGCCCACGACACCUCGCACGAGAAGAUCAUCCGCGGCUGCGCCCUCGGCAUGGCGCUCAUUAUGUUCGGCCGCCAGGAGAGCGCGGACAGCAUGGUUGACGCGCUGCUCAACGACCCGGACCCGACGCUGCGCUACGGCGGCAUCCUGACCGAGGCCCUGGCCUACUGCGGCACCGGCAGCAACAAGGCCAUCCGCAAGCUGCUGCACACCGCCGUCAGCGACACGAGCGACGACGUGCGGCGCAUUGCCGUCAUGAGCGUCGGCUUCAUCCUGUUCCGCAAGCCCGGCAGCGUGCCCCGCAUGGUCGAGCUGCUGUCCGAGUCGUACAACCCGCACGUGCGCUACGGCUCCGCCAUGGCCCUCGGCAUCUCGUGCGCCGGCACCGGCCUCGACGAGGCCAUUGAUCUGCUGGAGCCCAUGAUGAAGGACCCCACGGACUUUGUGCGCCAGGGCGCGCUGAUUGCGCUGGCCAUGAUUCUGGUGCAGCAGAACGAGGCCAUGAACCCCAAGGUCGCCGCCAUUCGCAAGACCCUGAAGAAGGUGGUGGGGGAUCGCCACGAGGACGCCAUGACUAAGUUUGGUGCGUCGCUGGCGCUCGGCAUCAUCGACGCGGGCGGCCGCAACUGCACCAUUGGCCUGCAGACGCAGACGGGCAACCUCAACAUGGCCGGCAUUGUCGGCAUGGCCGUGUUCACCCAGUACUGGUACUGGUUCCCCUUUACGCACUUUUUGUCGCUCAGUUUCAGCCCGACGUCCAUUAUUGGCCUGGACCACGAGCUCGAGAUCCCCAGCUUCUCGUUCCACUCGGCGACGCGGCCCAGCCUCUUCGACUACCCGCCCGAGCAGGAGGUCAAGGCCGAGGAGGGCCCCGCCAUGAUCGCCACGGCCAUUCUGUCGACGACCGCACAGGCCAAGCGCCGCGCCCAGCGCAAGGAGCGCGCCGCGCGCCGCGAGAGCAUGGACAUUGACACGCAGCCGCCCGCGCCACCGAGCGCCAAGGUGGCCGCCGCCAUCUCGAACAUGGCUGCGGCCAAAGCGGCCGAAGCAGCGGCCAAGGCGGCGGCCGCGGCCGAAAACGAGUCGGCCGUUGCCGACGACAAGAUGGACGUCGACGAGGACAAGCCCAAAGAGGACAAGGAAGACAAGGAGGAAAAGAAGGACGAGGACAAGGACGACAAGGACGAAAAGGACGACAAGGAUGACAAGGACGAGAAGAAGGACGACAAGGAGACCAAGAAAAAGGCCGAAAAGGAAAAGGUCGGCUACGACAUCCUCAACAUGUCCCGCGUGCUGCCCGGCCAGCUCAAGUACAUUAGCUUCCCGGCCGGCCGCUACCGUCCUGUCAAAAAGCCGACGGGCGGCCCGCUGCUGCUGAUUGACACCGACCCCAGCGCGGCCAAAGACCUCAUUGAGGAGAAGCUCAAGAAGGUCACCAUUGAGAAGGCCCCUGUCGCUGGUGCCGGCGGUUCGGGUGCGAACGGUGCCGGCGGUGCGGGCGGCCGCCAAGGCAUGAUGCGCGACCUCACGCAGGCCCUGGGAGGCGGCCCUGGUGAUCUCCGCGCGAUUACGGAUCUGCUUGGUGCCGCAGGCGCAGGCCGGGCCGGCCGUGGCGGCGCGGCGGGUGCCUCUGGUGCCGGUGGCCCCAACGGUGGUGGCAGUGACGCCCAGGCCGCGCGUAACGCCGCACGACUUUUUGGUGGCAUGUUCGGCGCCGAGGGCGGCUUGGGCCUCGACGACAUGGACGAUCUCGACGAGGCGACGCACGCCGCGAUCCGCGAGAGCGGCGCCGCCGCCGCGGCGGGUGUGCUGACGGCGGUGGACGAGGACGGCGAGGGCGACGAGGAGGCCGUCGUGCCGGACGACUUUGAGUACUUUACCGAGACAGAGGAGGAUGACGAAUAA